AAGGGAACUUGUGAGUGUAAGAAACACUUGGAAACAGAGCACUAGUAACAUGACUGCAGACAAAAGGUUAUAGGAAAAUUUAACUGCAUCUACAGUCCUGCACAUCUACAGGAUCUAGGAGAAAAGGAGAAUUCAGGAAAAUAUUGCAGACUGGGAGCUGAACCUACAAUUCUUCCAGAAAAAAUAGGAUGAGCAAAACUGGAUUGGUGCCUUAUUUGUUUAGAAAGACUAUGGAUAGGCACAAAGUCCCUCAUUUGAGCUGUUUGUGCACUGUCCUUUUGGUGCUCAUUUGGACUGGCAUCUCACUUGCCCAGAAGGAUUGUACAGGAGUGGAGUGCAAGCAACUGGAGAACUGUAUUGAAGAGGUUCUUGAGCCUGGUGAAUGCUGUGCCUCUUGUUUGCAACAUGGUUGUACUUGUGAAGGCUACCAGUACUACGACUGUGUCAACGUGGGAUUUAUGAAUGGCAAAGUACCCGAAGGGCAAUCUUAUUUUGUGGACUUUGGAAGCACUGAAUGCUCGUGUCCCAAGGGAGGAGGCAAGAUCAGCUGCCAGUUUAUGCUUUGCCCUGAGUUGCCCCCAAACUGUAUUGAUGCUGUACUACCAGCUGAUGGCUGCUCUCAGUGUGGAAGAAUAGGCUGCCUCCACGAAGGUCAGAAGUAUGUAGCAGGCCAUACGUUCCAUAUUCCUCCAUGCAAGGUUUGCCAUUGCCCAAAUUCUGGAGGUGAACUGAUGUGCUACCAGCUCCCAGACUGUGGUCCAUCCACAUUAAAUCCUCAGAGCCCAACGGAUACUGAAGAGAACGAACCGGAGAGGCACUAUGACGAUCCAUACAGCUAUGACCAAGAGGCACCCGAAGGAGACGCCACUCAGGUGGAACCUCCUACAAAACACAGGAACUCUGCAGCCCAUACAGAAGAAGACAGCAUUGGCCAAGAACAAAGUGAGGAUUAUGAGUACCGUACAAUCAGCGUUACUUCCCCACCGUUGACUCAACCUGUUACACACGCUGAAGAAGCUGCUGUAGCAGUCAACAUGCACACUCUGAUUCCCCGUCCUGAACUUAACAGUACAAUGGAACAAGAAGAGGAAAAGAGAGACCUAAGCACCACAAUGCCACCCACAGUGCAGGUUCUGAGUGAAAAAGUAACUGUGACUAGCAGUGCUCCUGAGGAGCAAACAACUGCUACGAUGGAGAUGCCCACGCAAGCGGUAGAAUCAGAGAGAAAAUCAAAGGGGAAACAAGGGGAGAGAGGGAGACAUGAACAAGAAGGAUAUGCUCGCCCUAAACCAAGAAAACACAUGAGAAAAGAUUAUAAAGAGCAGGGGGGCGGUAUAUCUCCAGCUCUGAAAGAAACAAAUGUAACCGUGUCACAUGGUCACAGACCUUCCCAUGAAAAGCAUGGAGGAAAUACUUUCCCCAAGGUCAAAUUUAGUCCCACAACAUCCCCUCCCAUUGCUCUGAAAGAAGACCGUAGUCAGGCAUCCCAAAAGCAGUCACAGACGCUUUAUCGUUACCAACCUGAAGAAGAAGGAGACCCCAAUUCUAUUCAUGCUGCUUCCAGGUUACCAGAAGGUUCCACAAAGGACUUAAUUGAAACUUGCUGUGCAGCUGGACAACAGUGGGCUAUAGACAAUGGGGAAUGCACAGAAAUCCCAGUCAGUGGGACUGAUGGUGAUAUUUGCAGAAUUGCUCAGCAGCAGUGUUGUGUCUCAUACUUAAAAGAAAACAGCUGUGUUGCUGGCAUGAUCGCAGCCAAGGAAGGAGAUUUGUGUGGACCCGAUGAAAGCGAUACCUGUGGAAGAUCUUUUUAUAAGCAAUGUUGUGAUUGCUGCACUCUGGGACUGAGAGUAAAAAGUGAGGGGCAAACCUGUGAGUCCAACCCAAAUCUCGGCUAUCCCUGCAACCACGUGAUGCUAUCCUGCUGUGAAGGAGAAGAUCAUCUUAUUCCUCCAGAAAUAAAAAGGCAUCCCGAACCUCUGCCAACAGUGACACCUGAGAGAAUUUCAGAAAUUGAGGAUCACAAUGAAGCCUUGUCCAUCAGUAACGAAGCUGAACUGUCUAACAACUUACCUGGAGAUGACCUGGAUGAGUGCCUUGUCUAUCCUGGAGAGCUCUGUCAGCACUUGUGCAUCAACACAGUGGGAUCUUACAAGUGUUCAUGUUUCCCAAGAUUUACUCUGCAAGAUGAUGGGCUCAGCUGUAAUCCAGAUAUUGAUGAUGGCCAAAACACUGACUUAGGAGUGGAAGCCACCAUUGCUCCAGAAGCCUCUAAUAUUCAGCCUGCCACUAUUAAGACUUUACAAGUAGAACAAAAUACGUGUAAAGAUAAUGGCCCCUGCAAGCACAUCUGUAAUAUUGUGGAAGGAAAUGCUGUGUGCUCUUGUUUAAGUGGAUAUGCUCUCAUGGCUGAUGGCAUUUCCUGUGAAGACCUGGAUGAGUGCCUUACAGGUGCUCACAGUUGUUCCAGAAGCCAAUUCUGUAUGAACACAUUGGGAUCAUUCUACUGUGUCAACCACAGGGUGAUCUGUGCAGAGGGCUUUAUACUCAACAGGCAUAGAAAAUGUGUUGAUAUUAAUGAAUGUGUCACAGAAGCGCACACCUGUAAGCGAGGAGAACACUGUAUUAACACAGUGGGAUCAUUUACUUGUCUCCAAGAACUCAGCUGUCAGCCAGGCUAUGAAUUUAAGGAUGGUGAAUGUGUUGACAUUGAUGAAUGUGUGAGAGGAACUCAUAGUUGUCAAGUAAACUCUGUAUGUCAGAAUACAAAGGGAUCAUUCUAUUGUGAAUCAAAGCAGCGAUGCAUGGAAGGAUUUUUACAAGACCCGGAGGGUAAUUGUGUCGAUAUUAAUGAAUGCACUUCACUUCCUGAGCCGUGUAAGCCUGGAUUCAACUGUAUCAAUACUGUUGGAUCAUACACUUGUCAGAGAAACCUGUUAAUGUGCAGCAGAGGCUAUCAUUCCAGUGAGGAUGGAUCUCGAUGUAUCGAUGUUGAUGAAUGUCAGACAGGCAUACACCGCUGCGGAGAGGGACAGAUUUGUCAUAAUCUACCUGGAGCUUAUCGCUGUGACUGCAAGAUGGGCUAUCAGUAUGAUGCAUUCAACAGAGCCUGCAUUGAUAUAAAUGAGUGCUGGAAUUACCCAGGACGGCUGUGUCAGCACACCUGUGAGAACACUCCUGGGUCCUACCAUUGCUCUUGUUCGUCUGGAUUCCGCUUGGCCUAUGAUGGGAAGCACUGUGAAGAUGUGAAUGAAUGUGACAGCACUGCAUGCAGUCAGGAGUGUGCCAAUGUCUAUGGUUCCUAUCAAUGUUACUGCAGGCAAGGGUACCAGCUAGCAGAAGACGGCCAUUCUUGUAAAGAUAUUGAUGAGUGCACACAAAGUGCGGGUAUUCUUUGCACUUUCCGCUGUGUGAAUGUUCCUGGUAGUUACCAAUGUGCUUGUCCUGAGCAGGGAUAUACUAUGGCAGCAAAUGGAAGAACAUGUCGAGAUAUUGAUGAAUGUGCAAUAGGAACCCACAAUUGCUCAGCUGCAGAGUCUUGCUACAACAUCCAGGGCAGCUACCGAUGCCUCUUGUUUGAGUGCCCUCAGAACUACAGAAAAGUAUCUGACAUGAGGUGUGAACGCAACAAUUGCUUUAAUUAUGUGGAUUGCCAAAACACCCCUGUGCGAAUUACUUACUAUCAACUCAACUUCCAAACCAACAUCGUAGUCCCAGCUCAUAUUUUCCGUAUUGGACCGUCACCUGCCUAUGCUGGAGACAACAUAAUCCUUACCAUCAACAAAGGAAAUGAAGAAAACUACUUCAGCACUAGAAAGCUUAACUCCUAUACGGGCAUUGUCUAUCUUCAGCGACAAGUGAAGGAGCCUAAAGACUUUUUGUUAGAUGUUGAAAUGAAAUUAUGGCGUCAAGGAACAUACACAACUUUUCUUGCCAAAAUUUACAUAUUCAUCACAGCUCAUGCUUACUGAGGCAUGUAUUGACAUUGGAAUUUAUUGGUGCUAUGCUCUUUUAAUAUUCUACCAAAGCUUAUUACGGUGGAACUGGUAUUUACUGUAUCUAGCCUUUAUAAUAACUUUCUAUCAUUGCUUCAAACUAUUUUAUUGGUUGUGUAAAUUAACUUAAUUUUUACUGACUUGUCUUUUGUGUAAUUCUUUAGAUGUUAAUUGGACUGUAUGUAUGUGAAGGAAAGAUUUUAAAGGCAGUACAUCUGUUGUGUACUGAAACCUUCUUUUACAGUCGCUCCAGUGAAUUCCUUUGGUUUAGUUACAUCUAUAAGAUACUGCACUAGAAAGAAAAACAGUUCACUUGGGGGCUUUGGUUUGUGCCACUGAUUAGGGAAAAAAAUAACUGAGCAAUUUCUCUUUAGCACACAUUGCACAAACCUAAAGUUUUGCUUAGCCAAAAAUUUCACCAAGGUGUGUCUGCACCCAGAUGCUAUGGUGAUGAAGGCCAUAUAAGUACAGACAGACAGCUAGUGCACCUCAUAUAAAAGGUUUAUUUUUCCCCAACUUUCAUAGUAUAUUGCCUAUAACGAUAAAUACAGAAAAUAUACAAACAAACCCGCCCCAUCAACAAACAAACAUAAACUGUAAUCAUAGGCUUGACUUUAAAGGGACUACUCACAUACUUAAAUUUAAGUACAUGUCCAAGUAUUUACAGGACUGAGGCCUUAGAUUAAUGGCUUGCACUGCCAAUUAAAAACUCACACUACAGUUAGUAGCAUUUGUCUUGUACUGUUUGAACUCAUCUCUGUACAAACCCAUUCUAUUCAGGUAGCUCUGCUUAUAGAUUAGAUGUGUUAUAAUUCUUAAAAGGAAUGCCAAAGAGGAAACAUGUAAUCAGUUACCACACCUAAUUCAAAAGCCUGGAUGCGCAAUUAGAUUAAUAGAUUGCAAAUUUAAAUAAAUCAAACAAAAGGGGAGUGACUUUUAUUUUCCAAGAAAAUGACCUCAGUUAUGCUACCUUCAUGAUGCAGAGGAAAACGCUAGAUAAAUUGGCAGUUUGUAUUAUGUCAUUUGUCAUUAUAUGAUUAUGUCACAGCACAAUCUCGGUUUUAAAGUGGAUUUCCUCUUGUUUCAUAGGAGACUGGAUGAGGUCCAAAAGCUGAGGGCAAGGUGUGGUAUGUGUAGUGUAAUCUAAGUAUUUGUUAGAAUUUAGAGGUGAAUAUCAGAAUUUUUUUUGUAGAUGAUCUUUUUAAAAAGUUCCAGUGCUGUAAUCUGAGCAUUCUCUCACCUAGUUAUAAUUAUUCUGCAAAAUGUUCUUAAUGAAAAUCAUAACUACAAUAUAUAAAUAUUUACUACACUGUAGUUUAAUAAUCCAUUCUAGCCUACAGUAGAUCAUAUAUUGACCAUGUGCAUUGUAUAUAAAACGAGAGAAACCAAGUCCUAUGUCUUUCUAUACAGUAAUAAUUAAUCAUUUGAUUAUCAUCUUUUUGUAAAAUAUUAACUUGUUUGUACUGUGGAUUAAGAAUAUGUAAACGCUAUCUAUGGGUGAAGGGGGAGAUGUACUGUAUUAAUUAUAUCCCAUGGCCAAUUCUACCAUUUCAAAUAAGUCAUUUUUUUAAAUUUGGACUUUUUCCAGAUAAUAAAAUAUAAACUUUUUUUGUACCUAACUUUAUAUAUA